ACCUUUUCCCAGUUCUUCGUCUCCUAGGAUCAUCUGAAUCGUUGGGGCUUGUUCUUCUUUUUCCCCCUUGGUGAUUGUCUUGUUCCAUUCUUCUUGGGCUCUUCUUCUCUCCAAGUCGUGCGCCCGGGGCUGCUUCUUAUCUCCAUUUCUGCACGGCGCAUACGGCGCGAGCGACACAACAUUGCGGGCGCUACCUCCACUUCUCCUGCACGAUAUCAUCGUGCGUUUCCUCUGGUCUCGCUCCAGCGCUCCCCUCUUCUUCUUGGGCUUAAUCUUCCUCGAUGCAGCAGCAGAAGCAGAUCCCUCCCGGCUUCCUCACUCAAAUAUGCUCUUCUCUGGCCCAGAUCUGCUCUCCUAUCUCACUUCUCCCGCGCUCUUUCACUGUUCCUUGAGAUCUGGCUGCUCUCCAGCUAAAACAGGGGACCGUACCAGUUGGUACGGUAUGGCGUACGGAAGCCCGGCGGGUUUAGGGUUCUUCGCUUCCAAUCUUAAGGUCAUUGUCGAUUCAGCUGGGCGAGAGCGGGGAGCCAAAAUUUCCUCAGAGAACGCUCUAGAUGGAUCAGAGAGAACGCUCGACUAGACGGUCGAUUGAGCGCGAGUCGAUUCAACUGGGCGAGAGGGAGGAGGCCGUCACACCACCACAAAUCUGCGCAAAGAGACGGUCGAUCCAGAUUCAGCCGGGUGAGAGACGGAUCACAAGGAGUCAGCCGGGAGCCAUGCUACUUCCUGGGCUAGUGGAAGUUAAAACCACUUAUCCUUACACGGCAGUGAAGCGGAUGGACAGAGAGUAUGGGAAAUAUCCGGUGGAACGCUUUUGGUACGAGCGUUCCGGUGCUCGUCUUUACUUUCCUCGACACGAAGACAUACCCGUGGAAUUGAAGUUCCCAGAUUACCUCUCCGACGAACAACGGGCUGCUGCACACAAGAAACACGAGGAGAAAAUGAAGAACCGGAAGUAUCUUUUAAUGCCGGAUGAGGAGCGACCAUCGAUGUGGAAACCUCCAGAUUAUAAGAGACCGAGUUACUUUUACUGUUGCCUUGGGAAGGAGGAGACACCAGAGGCGAUUCCAGAGGCAAUCAACUACGAUCUCAUCUGGGCCUGUCUUGAUCCAGAAGAGUUUGAUGGACCAAGCGUUAAGGCGUAAAAAAUCAAAAAACAAACCCAUAAUAGAUUCAGGUUUAAAUAUCAUUAAAAAUAUGCUUUUAUGGUUAAAUUAUUAUUAUUAUACGGUAACAUAUUA